CUCUUUCAUUGAUGCUCCUAAAAAGCGAGGCCCUCCAAAAGGUUAUAUUGAAGCAUUAGAAACAAGGCUUCAAAGAAUGGAAUCUGUUCUUGGAAACUUGGUACAAUCCGGCAAUUUACCCGAAAGUGUAAUUAAUUCAAACCUCGAAUGGAUUAAUAUUAAUGAAAGUAGCUUUAAAGAUAAUACCGCUGAUUCUCCAAAUAGUGAUUUAUAUCUUACGAAAUCUCGUAAUUCUCCCAAUGUUCAUGAUACUGAUUCCGAUGAGAGUUUAUCGGGUGAAAGCAACAAUUAUGAUUUAAAUAAUAGUAUGGGUUCACUUGCAAUCGAUGACAGUGGUCAUACAAAAUAUAUUGGAAACAGUUCUGGUAUAUUCUUGAUAAAAAAAUUCGCUACAGGCAUCCUUCAGGAAGGUCAUGUUCGUCAUGAUUUGAGUAAUUACUUAUCAAAAAGAACUCGCCAAAAUGUACCUGUGUCAUAUCCUUCAAAAGAAUUAUGUGAUAAAUUGUUAGAUACUUAUUGGAUAGAGGUUCAUUCUUUCAUGCCUUUCAUUGAUAAAGAAGAUUUCAUGGAAAAAUAUAAUAAGUUGGAUGAAAAUCCUUCUUUAAAUGUACUCCUUUUUGCCAUUUUUGCUGUUGCUUCCAGAUUUACUCACAUUCCUGAAGUCUAUAAAGAUCCUAAAGAUCCAUCUUCUGCUG